UAUAAUAAAUAUUUGGUAAUUAAUUUAAAUUAAUUCAAAUUAACGAAGUGCUACUGUAAUUCUACGAAGUCCAAGAAUUAACGAACUUUUAUUUGUUAUUGCAAAAAUAUGGUCGAAAAUAUUAUUAGUCUACCAACUAUGCGUGCGACAACAACCACAAGAACAAUCGAUGUAUAAGCAACAAUGCAACAACAAUAAUUAGCUACAACAACAGCUCAAACUUUCAGCCAAAACGAAUCUACACAAGUGGCAAUAGCACGAGGAAUAUGGGUACUUCCGUUUUCAUGGAAGCAUACAAUAAAACAACAACAGAAAUUGUAUUUUGCAGAGACCCAAACAUAAGCAUAACACAGAUUGAAAUUGUAACAACAACAAGUCAAAAGCAGCACAAAUGCCACUUCCUUUAACCUCAAUACAAAUUCAAGAAACAAACGAGCGUGUUUUGGCAUACCAGCUGUGUGUGUGUGUAUUGUUGUACGUCUCGGUAUAAACACAAUAAAAGCUAUAAACAAGUGGUCAACGGCUUCAAUGUAUCCAAGUGCUGCAAACCAGAAAUAUUCUCAUGCAUAUGAGUUUGUGCAUGUGUGUGUAUGAGUAUGCUUAGCCAUGCCAGUGCUGCCACUAAAUAUAAGCGCAUGCAAGCCGUUAAAGGGUGGCAAUUUUGUAUGUAGAAUAUUAAAGGAGAUCCUUCAAAGCCAGUGUACCAACACAUGUGCAUAUGCAUGUGUAUGUUUGUGUGUGUGUAUGUUUGUGCUUAGCAUAUACUUUUUUCUUCGACUGCUGGUGCUGUUAAUGAAUGCGGCUUUUUUGUUGUGGCACAACGCGGUGCGACGCAACGCCACCUCCCCCACAACCGUUACUCCGACAUUUCUAUUGUGCAAAUGGCCAUUGUUGGCGCGACGCCGCCAAUGACCGCUGCCUCGGGCGCACAGUUGGUCAGUUAGUGUUUAGCAUUCGCGGCAAAUGGUCAAUAAUUUGUGUUGUGGAGCUCGCGCGUACCACCGUUAACAACCGUUACGCACCACAUCACAAUGUCACAGUAGUGCAAAGUGUUGAAAAUGUUUUCCUAAAAAAAUUCAACAGUUAUUUUAUUUUUAUACCAGUAGUUAAGCAGAGUAUAUAAGAAAAAAUAAUAAUAAUUAAAAAAUAAAAUUGCGUAAAUACGCAGUAUGUUUAAUAUGAACGCUCAAAAUUGGCUGGGCAUGGCAUUAGAACAGCCGCUCGGCGAGCAAAAUAUCACCUCAGCCAUAACCAAUGCAAAUGCAACGCAAUAUAAUGGCAAUGUCGGUGUGGGUGGUCUAACGGCAACAUCACCACCAGCCGCAGCGCCACCCCCAAAUGCGCCCGUACAUCACACUUUUCUGCAGAAACGUUCCGUUUACAAUUCGAAUCCAUCGCUCGAACGCCCAAUGCCCACCAACGACAUACAUGUGGAGUACGAAGUCGCCGUGCCGCUCUUGUCUACAUACCGUCAUACACCCUAUCAUUCAUUAUGGGAUCUACACGAUAGUACCUCCACAACACCGCCGACGGGACUCUCGCACGUCGCACGCAUGAUGGACUCAUUGAUACUAGAUCAAUAUCCACCUUUUGCCUUCACAAAGAUCACAACCACACAUAGACCGUCACGCGCUGGGAACAACAAGAAAACCGAAACCACACGCACAACCACUUUGACUGGCCUUUCGCCCGGCAGCGCGGCUACUUUUGGCGGUGGUAACGGCAUUGCGGCAGCAGGCCUUCGAAAAACGCGCAUACCAACACAAGUCCCCCCACAACCACGCCCCAACACAAAUUUGCCACCCACAGCCGGCACCACAAAUCCACUUUAUCAGAAUGCUAACGGCGGUACCAACAAUACCGCUGGUGUUGGCAAUAAUACACACAUACAAUUCCCAAAUCAUAAUGAUAACCGUUGGAUCUCAUCGUUACGUCGAUCACGCGAUCCCGAACUACAGCCAACACUGCCUUCGAUCAAUUUGAGCCAUCACGGUAGCGCACAUAAUGUUGGCGGUAGCCUGAGCACCAGCACUGAUAAAGGGCGCAGUUCGCGCAGCAUUAAGGCCUCGACUAUAGCGGCUACGCGCAAAAGUCGCAGUGUGGAACGUAUUCGUGCACGCAAACUUACCACUCAAAUUAAACUCAAGGAUAAACCGAAAAAGAACUCCAUCGAUGAGAAUUCCAAUUCGGAUGAUCAAGAAAUCACAUCGCUGGAGGAGAAUUCUACGUCACAGAAUACGCCGAAGAGUUCGCCGAAAACAAAAACGAAAAUAUUCUCGCCCAUCGGCUAUGAGCCACAUUUGGUAGACACACUAGAAAAGGAUAUACUGCAGCGUAAUCCAGGUGUCAAAUGGAGUGAUGUAGCUGGUUUGAAUGAUGCCAAGGCCAUAUUGCAAGAAGCGGUUGUAUUGCCGAUAAUUAUGCCCGAUUUCUUCAAAGGCAUACGGCGGCCUUGGCGUGGCGUAUUGAUGGUGGGCGCACCGGGUACGGGCAAGACUAUGUUAGCCAAGGCUGUGGCCACGGAAUGUGGCACGACUUUCUUUAAUGUCUCUUCGGCGACACUAACCUCAAAAUAUCGUGGUGAAAGCGAAAAACUGGUGCGUUUACUAUUCGAGAUGGCGCGCUUCUAUGCGCCGAGCACAAUUUUCUUCGACGAAAUUGAUGCUUUGUGUACAUCGCGUGGCAGCGAUUCGGAACACGAGGCAAGUCGGCGCUUUAAAGCAGAGCUAUUGAUACAGAUGGAUGGUUUGAAUGCAACGCUGCAGGACGAUAAAAUCAUCAUGGUUUUAGCGGCAACUAAUCAUCCCUGGGAUAUUGAUGAGGCUUUCAGACGACGUUUUGAGAAGAGGAUCUAUAUUGCACUUCCAAAUGAGGAGACACGUUCCGCUCUACUAAAACUCUGCCUCAAGGAUGUUCGUCUCUCACCUAAUUUGGAUACGAAUCUCAUCGGCGAUCAGCUGACAGGAUACUCGGGCUCGGAUAUUAGCAAUGUCUGUCGUGAUGCGGCUAUGAUGGCAAUGCGUCGUCUCAUCGCCGGACGCUCGCCAUCAGAAAUUAAGGAGAUACGCCGUGAAGACAUUGAUCAACCCAUAACAAUACAAGAUUUUAAAGACGCUAUGGAACGUACGAAGCAAUCAGUUUCGUUGGAUGAUGUGGCGCGUUUUGAAAAAUGGAUGGAAGUCUAUGGUUCAUGUUAAACUAAUAUAGACGCGCAGUGAAAAGAAUGCUCUUAAAUUAUAAUAAUUGAUCACAUUGAAAUUUAAAAAUCAAUAAGCAAUAAAUUGUAGAGAUUUUUUUUAACUAAGUAAGAAAGUGGUCAAUAGAAAAACGUGCAGAAAGAACAUAAUACAUUAAGGCCUCCGUUAUUUCCCAAGUUGAUGUUUUUUUUUU